AUGCCGAGUCCCUCGAUACCACGUUCUAAAUCUGCUCCUAGAAUUUUAACAACUCCUCUCUCUCCCUCUCACUCAGAUGUAACUUCUCGAUGGACAUCAACGUCCGAAAACUCAUCUAGAACAUGGCCAAAGAAAGUUGGUAACUUCAUUGCAAGAAAGACUGGCUCAUCGUCUUCAUCAAAGAAAUCAAUCCUAACUGAAGAGAGCCUCAAGGAAUUCAACAGACUAAAUGAAAUUCUAGAACAGAAAAGGCACUUCAGCAGUAGUCCUUACUACAAGGGGCUGACUUACUCAUCCCUUGUUAUUAGUAGACAGAGACCUUCACUGCCAAGUCCUGAUACAGAAAGCAAUGCCGGAAGUUUGAUGAGCUCAAGCUCUAAAACCAGCUUUGUAUAUAAAAUGCAAGAAUGGGGAAGUUCCUGCUUUACAUCCAAGGACAAAGAAGCAAACAUUUCUCAGCCCAAAUCAAGUUCCUCUAAUAGUAAAAACUUCAGAGACACUAUCACCCCUAUCCGAUCUCUAUCAUCCUCUACAUUGUCCAAACAAGGUUCAACACCCGCAACAACAAAUACAAGAUAUAGAUGUACCAAAACUGCAAAAGAGCUGGGCUCUGAAAGUGAAAAACUUGGCAGCAUUAGCACAAAAAUUACCAGCACCACCAGUACUGAUGCUGCUAUUGCUAUAUUGAACAAAGGGAAGCCAUUGAGGGAGAGAGUAUUAGUACCACCAUCACCACCACCAACACCGCCUCAUCCAGGACCACAAAUCAUACCACCAGCACCAGCACCAGCACCAACACAAAUUCUACAACCACAACCAACACUUCAACCACCACAGACAUCAUCCCGACCAACAAUAACACCAUCUCAAACUUCACCAACUGAAAAGAUAGUCCAGGAGAAAGAGACGAACAAGCCAGAGAAUGAAAGAAAAUUUAUGUGGGCUGACAAGUAUCGACCAUUUGCCCUGAAGGAUUUCAUAUCCAAUCAUAGUAAAGCACUAGAGCUGCAAGCUACAGUCAAGUCAGAAAAUUGUAGUCAUUUCAUAUUUGAAGGACAGCCAGGGGUUGGAAAGAGAACGAUGAUUUGGGCUUUCCUCCGUGAAGCUUUUGGAGAAGAUAGAGUAGAGGCUAGAGAGGAAAGCAGGAAGUUCGUUCUGAAGGGAGAAGCAGUAAGUAGCAUCAAUGUCAAUAUAAAGCACUCGUCUAUGCAUGUUGAAAUCAAUCUCUCUGAACUAAGAGGGUAUGAGAAACACGUUAUUGUGGAACUGAUCAAAGAGAAAAGUGACAAAUCAUCAAGUGAGGCUUUGCAGUGCAAUCCUGAUAAUUGUAGAGCCAUAAUUCUCUACGAGGUGGACAAACUUCCAACUGAAGCCCUACUCUAUAUCAAGUGGCUUUUAGAGCGGUAUAAAGGGUGUAAUAAGCUCUUCUUUUGCUGUAGCGAUGCCUCAAAGAUCCAUCCAUUAACUUCACUUUGCACUCUUGUUCAGCUCCUACCGCCUUCUACUGAAGAAAUUAUUAAAGUACUGGAAUUCAUAGCACAACAGGAGGGAAUUACGUUACCACACCAGUUGGCUGCCAAGAUUGCAAAAUCCUCCAAGAACAACCUAAGACAAGCCAUACGCUCAUUUGAAGCAACCUGGCAAUUCAAUUCUGUUCUGAAAGAAAAUCAAGAAAUCAUGAUAGGGUGGGAAGAUGACAUAGCAAAAAUUGCUAGAAAUAUAAUAGACGAGCAAAGCCCAAAACAGCUAUACAAUAUCCGUGGAAAGCUCCAGAACCUUAUAGAGCACAAUGUAUCUCCAGAGUUCAUAUUUGAAACUCUAGUGAAAGAACUCAAAAAGAACUUGGAUGAGCAAUUACAGAAACAGAUUGACAAUCUACACGAGAAAUACAAUAAAAAUGAUGAUUGCGAGAAGCAUUAUGCCCCUGCACCAAAUCGACAGGAGGAAAUGGGUAAAAGACUCAAUGAUCCAGUCAGAAAGACUGUGCAGCAAUUUAUGAGAAUAGAAGAGUUCAUAGCAAAAUUCAUGAGCUGGUACAAAGGCUUGGUUGUCAAGAGCAAGCAGAUGCAAGCCCAUGCAAUUUAA